ACCCUAGAAUUGUUGAGAGAGAGAGAGAGACAGGGGCAUAGCAUAGCUGCAAUUGCUUCAACCAGAACCAGAAGCAAGCAUGGCUACUGCGAGAACUGUGAAGGACGUUUCUCCCCAUGAGUUUGUCAAGGCUUACUCUGCUCACCUCAAGCGAUCUGGCAAGAUGGAGCUUCCUGAGUGGACAGAUAUCGUGAAGACAGCAAGAUUUAAGGAGUUGGCUCCUUAUGACCCUGACUGGUACUAUGUCAGAGCUGCUUCCAUGGCAAGAAAGAUCUACUUGAGAGGAGGGCUUGGUGUUGGUGCAUUUCAGAGGAUUUAUGGUGGGAGCAAGAGGAAUGGUAGUCGCCCACCUCAUUUCUGUAAGAGCAGUGGUGCUAUUGCUCGUCACGUUCUUCAACAGUUGCAGAACAUGAACAUCAUUGAAAUGGACACCAAGGGUGGCAGGAGAAUCACUUCCAGUGGCCGGCGAGAUCUUGACCAAGUGGCUGGACGGAUUGUGGUUGCACCUUGAUCGGCAAACUGCUGAGGUUUUCUAGCCUUUUGCCAAUAAGCAUAUAGGCUUUUGGUUCUUGUUGGAGAAUUUUGAUGACAACGGAUUAUGCGCAAAUUUUGAUGUUAGAUACCUGAGUGUCUAUUAUAUGUUGGAGUUAUUCAAAGUUAUGAUGCUUUGCUUCUAGUCUUUUAGAUGAUAUUGCCACAUUUAAUUUUCAGAGUGUUUUGCAUUUUCUUUCUGAACAUUCUUGUUCUUUCAGUGUCCUUUACGUAUGAAAAGAAAAUUUUAAGGGUAAAUCACACUGAUCACCU